GAAAAAUUUGGCAACGAUAAAAGAAAAAGUAAAUAUAAGCAUUGCCUGUUUGUAGAAGAAACAUAUAUGAACUUUUAAGUUAAAGCUAAACCAUAUAGACUCUGAUUUAACGCCUAAAAGCAAUUCACAAGAGUGGCUUUACUAAAGCCUUGCUACAUUAAAUUUGCUAGAGGAUUAAACUGUUGUUAAGCAGAGUGGCCAUUGAUAGUUGACCCGUUUGAAUAGAUAACGCUUGUUGUUCAAUGAAUCGAUAAAUUACUCGUAAACCGUCGAUGGAAAAAUGUUGUAAAUUUUUCUCUAACUCUUUUCUAUUCGGUUCCCAAAUGCUUAAAGCUGUCGUCAAUACUGCAUUAGUAACUAUUACUCAGUCAGAUCAACACUGGAUAUCAAUCAUAAACUUGGAAAAGCAACAACAUCUUGACCGAAGAAUUAUUUCAAGCUUAACUCGUCUAUCACAGCUAUAUACUCACUAACUGUAUCAAACUCUUCUUACGAAUAAUACAAAAAAGGCAACAAUAGUGCUAAUAAUAACAGUAAUAAUGACAGUGCCAACGACAAACAGUAUCAACACCCAAAAACUGUAUGCGGCAGCGAGCUAGUGCAAGGAAGCAAAACUUAUCACAAGCGUAUCCGUCUUCUUUGUAGUUUCCUCUCUAGGAAUUUAUAACUUCCCAGUGUUAGCACUGCCAGCUUUAAUCUGAUAAAAUCAAAAAUUAGAUACUCAUAACAUUUCUAAGCGUAUUAAGCUGAAAAUGUGUACUAUUUUUAAUGACAAACAACAUGCAUUCACUGCUACUUCUCAUGUAAUUUGAAAAAGAAAGAAGAGUGAAAAUC